AUGAGGGCUGCAAGUUGUUUACUAAGGAAGAACAAGAGCGCCAGAAAAUAUUUCAUGCUUUCUACAAUACCAAGUCUCCAAUUACAGAGGGAGCUCAUUGUACGCCAUAUCAAUGAGAAUGAUGUUUACAGGAGAAAAACUGCUGCAACAGAGUCCAGAAGAACAAGGACUUUGGCUUAUUGCUUACCAAAAGGCAGAGGAUCUUUACCAGUUUGUGAAAUUACGUUUCAGAACACACUGGCAGUUUCCGAAAAAGCAGUUCGGACGGCAAUAAGGUCUAUACAUAGUAAAUGUAAAUACAUAGAGAACAAAAAGACAAAAACCUUGAACAAAAAACUUCACCAACUUAGACAACAGAAACACACGUUACAAGGACAAAGGGAUGAAAAUGAACGAGUUUUCCAAUUUCAAAAACCAGUAUUAAAUUUCACAGAUACUAAUUUCAGUGAAAACGAAGUAGAAUGUCUAUCUUUAGGUUUCAAAUAUAGACCCACCCUAAAUAAUACCAAUUUUCAAAUAAAAAAUCUGGAAAGACUAGCAGUCGAAACAAUAACCUUACUACAAUCUCUAGAAAAUGCCAAUGCUAUAGAGGGUGAGUGUGAGAUGGUGAUUCGCUCGGAGUUAUCUAAAAUUGAAAACAAAAACUUAUUAGAUCGAGGUUCAUUUAACUCCGCAACAAUAAAGUCAAUAAAGAAAAAAAUAUCAGAGGGACACUUGGUUCUUACUAAGGCUGACAAGGGAAGUAGUGUAGUAGUGUUACAUAAAAAAGAUUAUGAUGAGAAAGUCUUGAAAUUUGUUAGGGAGAAUAAUUUUGAAAUAUUUAACCCCAAAUUCCCCACUUUUAUAAAAACAGUUAACUCAGUAAUGAAGGAAUGUACAUCUACAAUAUCAAAAGGCUUGAUCUAUCAUUUAUCAGCUAAUAAUACCACAAUCCCCAGAUUAUAUGGUCUAUUGAAAGUACACAAAUCAGACAUUUUCUCCGAAAUGCCCAUAAGGCCUGUAGUUUCCUUCACAAACUCUCCCACUUAUAAAUUGGCAAAGUGCUAA